GGUGGUGAUCUGGGAAUGGGGAACGCGAGCGCCAGGGAAGUGGGGAACGGCUAUGCGGCGUCGUCGCUGGAGCAGGUGCCCCCCGGCCGCGGGAGCUCGGUUGAGGCCGCCGCCCCGCCGGACGCCGUGAUGCGGGAGCUUCCUCCUCCGGUUCCCUACGUCUUCGCGCCUCAGGUCCCAGUAGCUCCACUUCAGAUACCGACUGAAUUUUCUCCUGUUUUUAGCCAUUCGUGGGUUAAUGGUUCGGAUCAAUCCACCAACAGUAACCCCCCAGAGAAGGGAAUUCCAACUUUGAUUACAUGGAGUCAAGGAGGAAAUGAGGUGUUUGUGGAAGGAUCAUGGGAUAACUGGACUUCAAGGAGGGUGUUAGAGAGGUCUGGGAAAGACCACGCUGUAUUGUUGGUUCUGCCAUCUGGAAUAUAUCACUACAGGAUCAUUGUCGACGGGGAGCCAAGAUAUGUCUCUGAACAACCUCAUGUGACUGACGAGAGAGGGCAGGUGGCCAACCUCCUCGAUGUCCAUGAGUAUGUUCCAGAGAGUCUUGACAGUGUGGCGGAGUUCGACGCGCCUCCAUCGCCUGAACAUAGCUACGACCUGCAGUUCCCAGCUGACGAGGAGUUCGCCAAGGAGCCACCGACCCUUCCGCCUCAGCUUCUCAUGUCAGUCCUUGGUGGCACCGACAGCUCUGACGAACACGCUCUGAAGCUGAAGCCUCAGCAUGUGGUCCUCAACCACCUGUUCAUCGAGAAAGGAUGGGGGUCGCAGUCCCUGCUCGCCCUUGGGGUCACCCACCGGUUCCAAUCAAAGUACGUGAACUUCGUGCUCUACAAGCCGCUGCCGAGGAGGUGACAACGCGGCCGGUGGAACAUGAGGAAAGCAGUGGCGGCUGAGUAUGACUGAUGGGAGUGAAUAAGAGAGUGUUAGCUUGCCGUGUACAUAAGGGGAAUGCAGGAGCCCUUGUUCUUUGAUGCUGCUCCUGCACCUCUAUCUAGGUUGUGACUCUUAUUUUAUUUCUUUCUUUCUUCAAUAAAAUGUUCUUGUAGGAUGAGGUUUGAACAGACUGAACUCUGAAAAAAAUGAAACAAGGGAGUGUUUGGAAAAUGUCUGGUCUUGUUUUGUGAUCUGUGAUCUGAGUAAACGGAACCGGCAAUUGCCAGAAUGUAAUUGUUGCAUGUGUUGGGAUACACCGCUUGUUUUCC